AUGGCCGACCAGCAGAGCAACGACUUGGAUGCACUCCUCCAUGCGAAACAAGAGCUCCUAAAGCUAUUCGAUGAACACACGAGCGGACUAGACAGUCAAGUCUCUACUCAUUGGAGAGACAUGGUCCACGCAAAAUCACAACUCGAUAUCAAACUGCUCGAGCAGAUUGAAAUAAACGACACGCAUGCCAAACUGGUGGAAUAUUAUAAAACUCAGAUAGCCAAUCUCCGCCAAAGGCUCGAACAGGCAGAGCAGACCAUUCGAGACCAGGAUGAGACAAUCAAAAGACUCCAACAGUCCGCAGUUGACACUUAUACGAGCAAAGAAUGA